UGACAUCAGCAGAAUCAAAAUCACUGGACUUUCGCCAUCCUGCAACUCCACAUCUCACUUUCUCUUUCUAUUUUAUUAUACUUGUCUUUUUUUUUACAUCGAGUUGCCAUGUCGCAGUACUAUGAGCACUACAGGAAGAGCAGUAUCGGUCUUGCCCUCAUCGACUCCCUGGACGAGCUGAUUCAGUCUGGCCACAUCAACCCACAGCUGGCUAUGCGUGUGCUCGCACAGUUUGAUAUGAGUAUUGCCGAUGCUUUGAGCACCCGCGUCCGGAACCGAGUCAGCUUCAAGGCGCAUCUGGACAAUUAUCGAUCUCUGGACGAUGUGUGGACCUUUGUGCUGUCCAACCCGACAUUCCGCUUCGACCACGACUCUGUGACGGCAGAGAAGGUCAAGAUCGUUGCUUGUAAAGCAAGGGUCCCUGGAGAAUCGUAAUGUGGUCUAGUCCAGUCUAGUCCAGUCAAACCCAAUGACGAAAAGCGCCAGAUCGAUCGUAACGUCGAUGAUCCGCGAUCUCUUUAUCCCGGCGAUGACAGGAAGGCAAGGGCCGGAAGACAUGAAGUUCAACGGAGGUCAUUGUUGUGAGAAUAGGUUCUUUGUUCCAGUUACACAGGUGCUGCCGUAUUGAGGAUGUGUAUUUUAUAUUAAUAAAUUGUACAGUGUUCCAAG